AUGCCCGGAACAACCCCUCAUCCCCUCAUCCACAUCAAUGCCUUCGCCGGCGCUGGCAAGUUGACAGUCGCCAAACAUCUUGUCGCCCUCUCAGAAAACCUGAAGCUGGUCCACAACCAUCUCCUCAUAAAUCCAGCCGACGCUGUCCUCCAUCGCACCCAACCAGGGUACCAGUCUCUUCGGCGCGCUCUCCGCGCCGCUAUAUUUACAUCCCUAGCAACUGAGCCUGCAACCUUCAAUACAACCUACGUAUUUACGGAUUUUCAAACAGCAAACGAACAAGGUUCCAGCGUGUGCAAGGAAUACGCGCAGGCCGCCGAGGACCGAGGUUGUCUACUGAUUCCAAUUGUUCUGGAUUGCGACGAAGAUGAGAAUAUUAGGCGCAUGACCCAAUUGGAGCGUGAAAAACAUGCAAAGCUUAUGGACGUGGAUCUACUGAAAAUGUUUCGAAAGGGAGCACCGAUUUUUGAGUUUAGCAAUAGGAAGGAGUUUCUGAAGAUCGAUGUGACUCAUAAGAAGCCAGAGGAGGUCGCAAGAAUGAUCUGGGAGCAUGUUGUACUGUUUUAUCCUGAUUUAAGCAUUGGGGAGUCUUGA